GCGGUGGUACAACUGUAGCUUUGGCUCAGAUGUUGACACAUUCAGAAUUUCAAACAGCUGAACAAUAUAUCUGCAGUUCACCAGCUGUAAAAAAGUCAGUAGUCAGACCAAACGUAGUCAGUACGUCGUUGGAAGUGUUUCCUUUCCCACUUGCAAGUGAAAAACGAAAAUGUGUCGCUUAACAUCAUCUGUCAUCAUCAUCUCAAUAUCGUGGUUUACUCUGACAGUCGGUCAGAAUUUAGUUCUCAUCGGCGGUAAUUUAAGAAACGACAAUACACAAAUCUGGAACAAAAUGGUCGAUUUGGCUGGCGGAUCGGGCGUGGCUAGAAUCGGAGUCAUCUCAGCUUCUAAACUGAAUACAUUGGAAGGUGAAAAAGUCAUUGACAAUUUCGUCCGACUCUAUGGAGCUAAAGCCAUAGGGAUCCCAGUGUCUGCAAUUGGCGCAAAUGAUCCUAAAGUGGCCAAGUUAGUCGAGGAUCAGACGGGGAUUUUUAUCGUUGAAGACUCUGAAGAUCGAUCCUGGAAUUUUUUCAACUGGGUCUCUUCAUUGGUAAGACCGAGUGAUGGAUCCGAAGAGCCGCCCGCUGGCGCUGUCUGUUACGAAAGUGCAAGCUACAAACGCCAAAAUUUGAUUGAUACACUACGUCCGUCUGGUAAGGAUUCGCUGGUAUUGGCGGCCAUCAAAACAGUUUUGAAUCGAGGUGGAAUGGUGGCUGGAAAUGCCGCCGUCAUGAGCAAGUCGGCCAUCAUUUUAGGAGGCGAUUCGAUCAGCGCCCUGGUGACUGGGACUCGAUUCGUCUCUUUCCCCCGUACUCCUUUCUCUUUUCGCAAGGAAGGUGGCCUCAAUCUCCUCAACGUGGACUACGUGAUAGAAAGCCAAUUGAGUGAAAAGGGUCGCGAAGUGCGACUGAUGAGGACGCUCGUCGAAAGCGACACCCCCAAAGGCCUCGGCGUCGACGAGAACGCGGCUCUCAUUGUCAAAAGUCCUCUCACUCGACCUGUCGCCAAAGUUAUGACUGCACGGUGGGCUGUUAGCGGUGUCUUCUACCUCGACGUCUCUGAUAUUCCAACUCAAUCGAUAGCGAAUGCCUUGUACGAGAAUGUCACGUUUUCAUUCUUCACUGUGGACGACGUUAUAGAUCUUACGACAGGGGAAGUGACUUUUCCGUCUUGGAAGACGAACAUCACUGGCCAAGAGUGGUUCAAAAAUGCCGUCCCUUCCAACGAUAUCCUUUCUCGUGGCGGACCGUCUCAAUGGCGUGAGACAGCUCGUCGACUUAUCGAUUGCAAGGAGUUGAACGUGACUAAUUACUCGCCAUCAUCGAUCGUCCCCAUGAUUCCCGGUGUCCGAGUGGACUUGGAUCGGACGCGUGCCGCCGGUAUGGGGGCUGAUCUUCCCGGUGAUUUGAACAACACUUAUGUCGCUUCUUUUCAACGAAUGCUAGCUUCAGUCAAAGUGCUAGGAAUAUUGUAAAAAACAAACAAAAACAAAAAAGGGCCUGGUACUUUUGUUCUUUAAAUGACUUCCAUCGUAUUUUCAGACGUGAGACAAUUUGUGAUUUGAUUGAUUUCAAUUAUUUUCAAUGUGGUGCAAAAUAUUUUAGUAAAGACACCGCAGCGUUUGAAGUGAAUUUACAAAUUAGAAGACAAACAAACAAACAAACAAACAAAAUACAAAAUUACAUUUUUCUAGAGGUGGAAUGGACGUUCAGAAAGAGCGGAAAAAACUUUAUGAAUUCGUGACAAAAACAGCGUUAAUAAAUGUUACUUAUAAAGA